AAGAAAAAUAAAAAUAAAAAUUAAAAAGAAAAAGAAAACGUAAAGCUAAAGCAAACACUCUCUUGAAGCCUAUAGCUAAGCGUCACUACACUUUCUCACUCUUUCAAAAAUCCUCUCAUCUAUCAAAAUCCGAGAUAAAGAAAAAGUUUUAAAGAAACCAGAAUUUAAGAUCCGAUCGUCAUCUCCAAUUCUCUGGAUCUUCAAAAAACCAAAACAAACAAAAAAUCCCAAAUUUGGAAACUUUUCUCUGUAUUGCUCUGUUUCUUGAUUUGUUUUUGGUGAAGUGCUCUGUUUCUUGAUUUUGCUUUUGCCAAUGAAAGAAAAAGGAAAGAGAACAGCAACGGAACGAAGAAACGACGACGUUUCGUUAUAUUACAGCACUCCGUCGGAAUUCUCUUGCCGGAAACAUCCAUCUGUUUCCUCCGGCGUCGGAAUUUGUCCGUACUGUCUCAACGACAGAUUAGUCAACCUCGUCUGCUCCGAAUGCGGUGAGCAGCGUCUCUCUUCUUGCUCGUGCUCCGAUAUCUCUCCUAAUCGAACCUCCAACGCUGCCGUAGACGCCGCCGCCGGAGAAAACGUUGUUCGGAUCUCUUCUCUCAUCGACGAAGAGACAACGAAACAGAGGAAAGAGACAAAACAGAGGAAAACAGAGGAAGUGGUGGUGUUCAAGAGAAGUAGUAGCAGUUGUGUUGAGAUUAAUAAGAGAACGAAGAAUUAUAGAUUCUCGAGAAUCGGUAGGUUUUUCAGGAAGAUUAAUCUUAAAAAGGAGAGAGAUUUUGAGAAGAACAAUAGCAACGAUUCAUGGGUUUUGGAUUAUAACAAUGAUGUGAAGAAGCUUGGAGUUUCGAGAUCAAGAUCGCUUUGUAGUUUUCGAGGUAAAGAUUUGUAUUGUCUCGGAUCGGAAGAAGAUGGUUCGUCGUAUUCCGGAGCUUUCUCCGCCGCGAGAAGCUCAAGUGUUAAUGGCGGAUUAGGGUUAUGUGAAACAGAGUAUCCUCGGAAGAGUAACUUCGAAGGAAGGAAGAGUAACUUCAGCGAGACGACGGAACAUCGGAAGAGUAAUUUCGAAGGUGGGAGGAAGAGUAAUUUCAGUGAGACGACGACGGAGAAUCGGAAAAGUAAUUUCAGUGAAUCGGAGCCGCCGCGAAGAAGUGGUUUCGAGGCGAGGAAGAGUAAUUUCAGUGAAACAGAGUAUCCUACACGGAGGAGUAAUUUUAGUGAAACAGAGUAUAAUACUCGAAGAGGAAACAAUCCGGUGACGGCGGAGAAUCAUCCACGGAGGAGUAGUAAUUACGAAGCAGCGAGGAAAAGUGAUUCGGCGGCGAUGAAUUUUACGAGAAGGGUAAUGUCAAUGAAAGAGAGUAGUUACUUCACCGGAGGAGAAGAGCCAGGUUUCAUUGAUCUUAAGUUUGAUUCUUCUGGUGGAGGAGGAGAUGUAAACGACGGCGUUUUGGAACACGGAGGAGGAGGAGGAUCUUGUCGGAAAGAUGGAGGAGAGUUGCGUAAGAGUCGAAAGAGUUUCAAAGGAUGGAAAUGGAUAUUUGGACAUCAUCAACAUCAACUUCAUCAUCAUAAUAGAGAUUCAUGAUGAAUUUAUGAAUUAUGAAGGAAUAUGUGACCAUUUUUAUUGGAUCCAAUAAUGAAACAUGGAGCUGGUUUUGUGUGAUCCGA